AUGAAUUCGACUUCAAACGUUUUGUUGCUGCUUUUACACUUCUUGAGCGUGCUCACCAUCAAGACCGCUUCAACUUUGUCCACUGAUAAGGGCAGAAUCGUGGGCGGUGUUAAUACACUAACUGGCAAAUUUCCGUACAUUGUGGCAAUACAUAUAUGUACAAACCGAAGACAGCAAGUUCUUCUGCGGAGGAACGCUUUACAACCAGGAGUGGGUCCUCACUUCCGGGCACUGCGUUUACAAGUAUUAUCCUGUCUAAAAAGUGGCAAAAAUUCUCAUUUUGAUAAAUUUAGUGCCAUCCUGUUCACAAUUCAACUGGGCUCUGCUAAGCUAGAAGGUGAAGAUCCUAGCCGAGAGACUGUCGCCACUUCUGAAUACAUUAUCCACCCGGAUUUUAAUCCUAAUACUAUCACAAACGACAUCGGGCUCAUCAAAUUUCGAAUGCCCAUACAAUACACUGAUUAUAUCAGACCAAUCAAUUUGCCCAUAAGGGCGACACAAGAGAGUGAACUCGUUAUUUCAACUGGAUGGGGCCAAACUAGUGACACUGAUGCACAACUUUCAAAUGUCCUUCAGAAUGUUGUUCUGACAAGUUUGUCAAAUGAGGAAUGUAGAACGGUUUACGGUAAUCAGAUUACUGAAACCAUGAUAUGUGCUGCUGGAAAUUACAACGAAGGUAUUUGUAUUGGUGACACAGGAAGUCCGCUAAUUGACCACCAAACUCUGUGGGGCACUCCGACCAUUGUUGAUCCUUUAGAUCCUUUAGAUCCCUUAGAUCCUUUAGAUCCUUUAGAUCCUUUAGAUCCUUUAGAUCCUCUAGAUCCCUUAGAUUCUUUAGAUCCUUUAGAUCCUUUAGAUCCUUCAGAUCCUUUAGAUCCUCUAAAUCCCUUAGAUUCUUUAGAUCCUUUAGAUCCUUUAGCUCCUUUACAUCCUUUAAAUCCUUUAUAUCCUUUAGAUCCUUCAGAUCCUUUAGAUCCUUUAGAUCCUUUAGAUCCUUUAGAUCCCUUAGCUCCUUUAGAUCCUUUAGAUCCUUUAGAUCCUUUAGAUCCUUUAGAUCCUUUAGAUAUUCUAGAUCCUUUUGAAGCCCAGAAUUUCAAGGAUUUUAAGGACGUCAAGGGUUUCAAGGAUUCCAAGGGCUCCAAAAAUUCCAAGGAUCACAGGAGUUUCGAGGGUUCCGAAAGCUCCAAGGCUUUCAAGGGUUCUGAAGACUUUAAAGAUUCUAAAGGUUCUAAAGAUUCUAAAGAUACUAAAGACACUAAAGAUCCCAAAGAUCCCAAAGUUCCUAAAGCUACCGGAGAUUUCGAAAUUCAUGCCAGUGUGGUGAACACAACAUGGAAAAAACUGCGACAUUUACUAACAAAUAUAAAUUUUGUGAUUCAUUUCAACUGUUUACAUCCACGACCCCAAAGGUGGUUAUCGUCGCCGCCCCCAGGAGACGAAGUUGUCAUCACAGGAAUUUCCGGCCGUUUCCCCGAAUCCAACAAUGUCUACGAACUCCAGAAAAACCUCUUCGACCAACUUAAUCUCACCACCGAAGACAACAGGCGCUGGGAUGUUAAUCUACCCGGCGUCCCAAAACGAUUCGGAAAAAUCAAAGACAUAGAAAAAUUCGAUGGUGGUUUUUUCGGGGUGCACCAUGGUCAAGCUGAAGCCAUGAGCCCCAUGAUACGAAAAUCGCUAGAGCUUGCAGUGGAAGCUAUCCUAGACGCUGGAGUCAACCCAUCGGAGUUACGAGGCUCCAAAACUGGGGUUUUUGCAGCCACGGCUCCCGUUUUUAGCGACGUUUUUGUUCUACGGGAUACCAAAAGACGGAAAUUUCGGAUCACGGCCUGUUCGACUGCAGAUAUUUCGCACCGAAUUAGCUACUUCUUGAAAAUGAGGGGACCUUCGUGUGGGAUCGAGAUGGAUUGUAGUGGUUCGUUCAUUGGGUUGGAUAUGGCCAAUACUAGUUUGAGGUUAGGGAAGUGCGAUAAUGCCAUAGUGGUUGCUUGCAAUUUGCUCCAACACCCAGAAGUCAGUCGGGAGUUGGCAGAGAUUGGAAUUUUGAGUCCUGAGGGCAUAAGCAGAGUGUUUGACCAAGAUGCCAAUGGGUACGUUAGAUCCGAAGCAGUGGCUUGUAUUUUCCUCCAAAGAGCCAAAAGUGCUAGACGAAUUUACGCAAAGGUUGCCCAUAUUAAAGUUGGCUGUGAUGGUUACAAACUGGAAGGCAUAACAGUACCAUCGCCUCAGAUGCAGACCCGCUUGAUGCAAAACACGUUGUCGGAGUCUGGAAUUGACCCAUCUGCUAUAAGUUAUUUGGAGGCUCAUGGUACCGGUACCAAAAUCGGGGAUCCACACGAAUCCGACUCCAUUGACACCGCCAUUGCCCAAAAGCGUCAAACCCCUCUGCUCGUAGGAGCUGUCAAAAACAAUAUCGGCCAUAGUGAAGCCUCCUCAGGUCUUUGCUCUCUUAUCAAAGUCAUCAUCGCCAUGGAAACCGGGUUGAUCCCACCCACCAUUAACGUCAAACAACUGAAAAAAGGAAUCCAAGGUUUUGAACAAAAUCGAAUGAGAGUGGUCACCAAAGUGGAAAUACUACCAGAAGAUGCCUACGUUGGUAUUAAUUGUUUUGGGUGGGGAGGUGGCAUUACCCACUUGAUCGUACAACGUUUCGGAAACAAAAAAAUUGACGAUGCUUUGGCACGAACUGACUUUCCACGAUUAGUCUUGGUUAGUGGAAGGAGCAGAGAAGCAGUUUUGGACUUACUAGACGACGUGGCGAAACAACCAGAUGAAAACUAUAUAAGUUUGCUGCAGCAAAUUUUCAAAGACAAUGUCAAUGGUCACGUGUUCAGAGGGUUUGCCGUUUUGGAAAAAGACGGAGUGAAGGAGAUUUCGGUCAAGUUCGACAAUCAACGACGAAGGGAUUUGUUCGUGUUCUUUGGACCCUUUGAAAAUGGAUUUAAGGUUUUAGGGAGGCAUUUAUUAAAAGUGCCGCUUUUUAAAAGUACUACGGAAAGGAUUUUUAAGGGUUUCCUGGAGCAAAGACCAAAUUUUGACAAAGCUUUAGUUAAUUUGAAGAAGGAUACAACUUUGACUGCUUUCGCAGUUCAAUUGGGGGUGGUCGAAGUGUUAAAAUUGCUAGAGAUUGAGUUAACACCAUUGUCUGACGAUCCGCUGUACCAUCUAAUAACCCUCUACCACGACACAAAAAUUGACUUGGAAGAGACAAUAACAAGAGCCUAUCAAAUAUUGACUACCGACCAAACGCACCCAAAGUACUUCGACGAAGUCCCCGUUCCUAAGCAAGCCACCGUUUUGAAUAUUUCAGACGAACCUCUACGAAGUACCACUUUCGACAUAAAUAUAUCAUCAAAUUUCCUACAAAUACUAGGAAGACUACACCAACGCGGACACAACCCCCAAAUUCACAAACUCUACCCCAACGUGAAGUUCCCAGUACCACGAAACACACCCAUGAUAUCCCACUUGGUCCAAUGGAACCACAACAAAAACUGGUACACUUAUAAAUUCGCGGACUCCAAUUCACUGCAACGACUUUACGAAAUAUCGUACGAAAACUACGAGUACUUGACGGGCUAUCAAAUCGACGGAGUUGGUACCGUUCCGGCAAGCCAAGUUCUACAUCUGGUUUGGCAAACUUUCAAACCGUGGUUAAAUUCGGCAGUGGUUUUUGAAAAUUGUCACUUCUUGGAGCCUCUCAUAAUGCCCAAAAAUGACAAAGUCAAGCUUAAAGUUUUCGUGUCAAUUUUGCUGGGUAGUGGAAAUUUUGAAGUGUGCAAAGACAACACCGUCGUGGCCUGUGGAAGAAUUUUUGUACCCGAAGAUGUCAAAAUGUACCAGAUUGACAUCCCGAGUUGUAGUUGUGGUGACGAAGAUCCAACCGAAAUUUUGACUGAAGACGAUAUUUAUAAAGAGUUGAAUCUCAAAAAUUACAACUAUGGUGGUUUGUUUAAAGGGGUUAAGAAGUGCAAUGUUGACGUAAGCACAGGGUUGUUACGGUGGGAAAAUAAUUGGACAACGUUCUUAGACAGUCUGCUUCAAGUAGCGGUGCUUCAGGACGACACGAAUUGUCAUUGUAUUCCGGUUGGUAUACGACGAUUGACCAUAGAUGCUCCCAAUCAUGUGACUGCGAAAAAAACGUGUCCCUUUUUUGCUUACAAGAACUGCAAAAUCAUUAAAUCUGGAGGAGUCGAAGUCUAUGGUGUCGCCACAAAACGAACCAAAAUCCAGUCCCACCAGACGCCAGUUCUGACCAAACAUGUGUUUAUUCCAGACGUGGUUGCACUAACUUUGGAAAACUCAUUACGUGUCAACACACAAAUAAUAGUUGAAAAAUCUGGCCAAGACAAUAUCAACGCAGUAGAAAUUUUUGACGACAAUAAUAAAGUUGAACCUUCACUUCCCACAGUGCACCAAAUACUAAACGAGAUGCCGUUGGUAACUUCUGACUUUACAGUUAGUACUAAAACCGACCUCGAGAAGUACCCAAAGAACGUUCCUUUAACCCGAUCGCAGAAUUUGCUUCUGGUUGUAGCCACAAAAGUGUUAGAAAAACCAAGCAUUUUGAACCAAAUUUUGACUUCACUUGGUGAUCGUGGUUUUAUUUUGGCACGAGAAGACCGUCAUUUUGACUGCAAAAAAAUUGACAAUUUGGAAGUACUGACGGAACAUUUUACUAAAGACGAGAAACUGAUUUUGUUAGAAAAAUCAAAAUUGACUAGUAUAGUGCAGAAUGGUUUGAAACACGAACCUUGUAUACGGGUGAAUGGUACCAGAGACAACAAUAAUAAUAAAAAGGGUACUUAUAGAUAUUUACCCUUACACGAAGGACCCAGAACGUCAAAUGGUACUAGAUUUUGCUGCCACAAAGACAAAUCGUACGUAAUAGUGGAAAGUUUAGACGGUUUUGGGUUAGAGCUUGCGAACUGGCUGGUGGCAAAUGAUGCCACAAAAAUCGUACUAGUAGCGAAAUCUCGAUUCCAAACGGGGUACCAAGCACGAAAAAUUCGAUUGUGGAAAUCUCGUGGUGCGACUGUGGUACUUUCCACCAGAGACGCAACCACGAAAGGAGGGUGUUAUCAACUGGUACAAGAAGCAAGUAAUUUGGGACCCGUGGAUGGCAUUUUUAACCUAGAACCAUCCAAACUAAGAUCGAGAAUUGCGUCUUGUUUGGAUGAAAUCACAAGAGAAAAUUGUCAGAAUUUGAGAUAUUUUGUCACGUUUUCUACGGUUUGUCAGAAUAAUUCUGGUAUGGCGAAUUUUAUUGUGGAACGAAUUUGCGAAAAAAGACGAAACGAUGGUUUACCCGGUUUGGUUAUACAGUGGGGUCCACUUGAAGAUCUUGGUGUGUCUUCUAAACCAGACAAAGUACCAUUCCAGGGUUUAGUACCCCAAAAACUGUCGUCUUGCUUCGAUGUUUUAAAUGAGGUUCUAAACCAACCGAAUCCUGUGGUUUCCAGUACCGUGAUUGCUGAAAAGAAUGUUGACCACGCUGAACAAAAGGGUAUUCUAGAGAGAGUCGCUCAUGUUUUGGGAAUCAAGGAUGUUAGAAACGUUAAUAUGACAAGUACUUUGGCUCAAGUUGGUAUAGACUCCAUUGGGGGUGCACAGAUUGUCCAAAUUUUGGAGCUAGAUUUUGGGAUUUCGUUGUCACUUAAGGAUAUUAGAAAUUUAACGGUGGCUAGGUUGAUUGAAAUGGUAGAACAGGUAACGGAAAAUGGUACCUAAGUGUAUACAGAGAAAUGGAAACGUG